AUGGCUGCUGCUUCACUUUCUGCAAAUCAAGCUGUACUCGGAACUUCCUUUUAUGGAGGUUGGGGAAAUCCAAUCUCCGGCGAGCAUUACCACAACAUGCUCGCCAAAACAACCGCGCCAGCGCAACAAGCUCGAGUCUCAAGAAAACUCAUCAGAGUACAACCGAUGAUGAAGAAUGUCAACGAAGGCAAAGGCUUAUUCGCCCCUCUCGUUGUUGUCACUCGCAACAUAGUAGGCAAGAAGAGGUUUAAUCAGCUUAGAGGCAAAGCCAUUGCUUUACAUUCUCAGGUGAUUACAGAGUUCUGUAAAUCUAUAGGAGCUGAUGCAAAACAGAGACAAGGAUUGAUUAGGCUUGCUAAGAAGAAUGGAGAGAGGCUUGGCUUCCUCGCUUGA